AUGCUCGGCGCACCUUGUUGGUCGCCGUUGUCCUGAUAACGGGAGUUGAAACAACCGUUAAACAUCGUUUAUUGAUAAAGAACUACUGGAAAUCAUUAACGCCAUAUUCCUGUUGGAUUCAAAACUGAAUUGGUGCACACGGCUCAAAAUUGUUUGAGACUGAAGCAUAAUAUUAUAUUUCUACUGUUGUGAAAUAGACUUAUAAUAUAUUCCUUAGAGAUUAACAUACACAGUAAAAUAACGAUGAAUAAAAUAAUAUUAUUUAGUUGUAUGGCUUGGGCAGUGAGUGCCGGUAACAUUCCGACAGGGUUCAUACCACUGCCACCGCUGCCAUUUAACGCAAACGUUGGAGCUCCGACGCCGGUGCAGACACAAACACUGUCACCGACUCUUCCACCAGCAACGAAGAAACCGGUUAUAACUAAGCCGAACAAUCCGCCGACAAAACCGACAGCACCGACAGUGCCAACAGCGCCGACAGUACCAACAUCGCCGACAGUUACUACAAAUCAACAAACAAACUGCGGACUGAACGUUAACGUUCCGGCGGCAAACUGCAACAACGCUAACGGAAACGUACAGCAGACGUUGAAUACGUUACGCCAACAACUCGACCAGGCACGGCAGCAGCAGACCUCGCAGAAUGCCGCGGUGCAGACGAUGAUUAGUCAGUUACAGACCCGACAGUCUGGGUACCUCACAAAAAUCGCGGACCUCCAGAAUGAGGUAAAAAAUCUAGUUCAAGCCUUCAACUCGCUCAGUAGCAGUCGCCCGCUCUCGACAGCCGCCCCUGCACUCGCGAUUACGACCGGACCUGUCACUUCCGGUGGCGUCUCCGCGAUAGAUCUUCAGCAGGCAAUUCAGAAUGUGCGCAACGACAUGGCGCUGGCAAUCAUUGACUUCAACAACCGUGUGUUCAACAUAAGCACUUCCAUCCAAGGCAAUGAGCAGCAAGAACUGAAAGUCCACCAGAGCAUCGAGGCGCAGAUCCAGCAGCAGUCAGGCGACAUUGGCCGCCUCACCCAACAGGUGACGGCGCUUGCCGGCCUCCUUGCGCAACUCAACACGACUUCCGGUCAGUCCACUUCCGGUGCCACCGCCGCGGACGUCGCCAAAUUACAGGCACAAAUACAACAGGUAGCCAGCGAUGUGCAGAAGUACGACCAAAAUCAGCAGAGCCAGAUCAGCUCAUUAAAUCUCAAGGCUGGUGCCCUGGCGUCCGAGGUGGCCAAUCACAGCUCAGAUAUCAAUAAAAUAAACGGGAACCUGCAGCUCGAUGAGUCGCGGCUGCGCAAUGCCGAGAAAGACAUCAAGCUCAAUCACGACUCGCUCGCGCUGUACAGGCAGCAGACGAACGCAAAAAUCAGCAGCAUCAACGCCGACAUGAGCGCCCUGCAGCAGAACGUCUCCACCAUUCAGACGCAGGCAAAGUCCGUACAGACCACUGUUAUGAACCUGUUCGGUCAGUUCUCUAGGGACACUGUGGCUCUGGGCAAUCUUAAGACUCAGUCGGCCGCUCUGCAGGCGAACAUUUCAAAGAUCUCCGGCGACCUUGGUCAGCAGCAGACGGAAAUUGCGGCCAUUAAGAGCGGCAUGGUGGCGCUGAAGAACGCCAUUCCAAUCAGCGAGCUGACCACCAUGAACAACAUCAUCACUACCGUGCUCGCCACCAACGCGUCCAUGACGCAACAGCAGAUGCAGGACUUCAAGCGCGCGCUAACGAGCAUACAGGCGAACCUGCAGAAUAUUCAGACGACCACGCCGCCCAGCGGAUAAGCGGCAGCCUCACCUACGUGGUCAGGAUUCUAAGAACGGUCAAUGAAACAGGCGCCCUGAAUAAAUGUUUUACGUUCGCAGUUGAUACAUAUUUGAUGAAACAUUUAUUAUCAUGUAUGUUUGUGCUCUCAGUUGUCCUACUGGAAUCAAUAUGGGGAACAUAAGAUUUAUGUUAUUAAAACAAUGGACCGUU